GUAGUUUCCACCUACAUGCCAAAGGUGUGCUGUCCGGCAGGUAAACUGCCUUCAAUAAAUUACCCUUUGUAUACAUGGGUGUGAGCAGAACUUCAGGUGGGUGUUAUGUGGGGGAAUUACUCUGAAUGAAACCCAGCCCAGACUGGAUGUUGUAAUGACCUCCUUCCAUGUUGUAUCGAGCAGCUGUGUUACGAGACGGAGAUGGGGGUGAGUGGAAGGAUGAAUGGAUGGCAGAAUUGGAGGAAUUAUGGGAUAAGGUAGAGGAAGAAAGGGUGAGAGGAUUGAGGAGGGGGUAGGGGUGUUUCUUCCCGCCCCAGUUUAAUCUGGAGGUAUGCGGCUGGGGUGAGGGUGAGGGAAGCUGACCGGUAGAGGGAGGGGGAACUGGCAAAGGCCCGGGAAGUAGGGGCGAGAUCAGAAGGAGGGAAAUUCUGGAGAAUGGAGCCAAAGAGAGGGGCGAGAUCCAGUGCAGAGCUGAGCGGUGAGGAAGACGGAAAGUUGAGUCACUGUCCGCCCACUAAAGGAAAGCAGAUUGUCGCGGGCUCCAGUUGUCCAGGCAGCGCCCGUUUCCGCUUCCGAUAGCGCCAGCUUCCGCUUCCGGCCUGGUCAUGGCGGCGCCCCUCUCCGUCCUGAGCCGCGUGGAGUGCCCGGUGACUCGGGCCCGGCUCUGCCGCCUCCAGCUCCCGCACCAGGUGGUGGACACCCCCGUCUUCAUGCCGGUCGGCACCCAGGGCACGCUGAAGGGGAUCGCGGUGCCGCAGCUGGAGGCGCUCGGCUGUCAGAUCUGUCUGGGCAACACCUACCACCUGGGCAUGCGGCCGGGCCCAGAUUUGAUCGCAAAAGCAAAUGGGCUGCAUGGAUUUAUGAACUGGAAAAGAGCAUUGCUGACGGACAGCGGUGGAUUCCAAAUGGUGUCUUUGGUGGAGCUGGCAGAAGUCACGGAAGAAGGGGUGCGCUUUUGUUCCCCUUAUGAUGGGAAGGAGAUUCUACUGUCACCGGAGAAGUCGAUUGAAAUUCAGAAUGCACUAGGUUCAGAUAUCAUGAUGCAGUUGGACGAUGUUGUGAGCAGUACCGUGACUGGCCCCAGAGUGGAAGAAGCCAUGUUCAGGUCUAUCCGCUGGUUGGAUCGCUGCAUUGCAGCAAACAAGAAUCCCAAGCAACAGAACCUGUUUGCAAUAAUUCAAGGUGGCCUAGAUGCUGAACUCCGAAAGAAAUGUCUGGAAGAGAUGAUCAAGCGUGACGUCCCUGGUUUUGCUAUCGGAGGACUGAGUGGCGGUGAGGAGAAGGACCAUUUCUGGAGAAUGGUGUUGCUUAGCACAGAUCACCUGCCACGGGAGAAGCCGCGAUACUUGAUGGGAGUGGGGUACGCAACAGACCUCGUGGUUUGUGUAGCUCUGGGCUGUGAUAUGUUUGAUUGUGUGUUCCCCACACGAACAGCGCGGUUUGGAUCAGCACUUGUCCCCUGGGGAUCUCUGCAGUUGAAAAACAGACAAUAUGCCAAGGAUUUUAAGCCUAUUGAUGAGGACUGCACCUGUCCUACAUGCAAGAGGUAUACACGAGCAUAUCUCCAUGCCUUAUUCAAGAGUGAUACAGCCGCCCUCCACCACAUCACAGUCCACAAUGUCGCCUACCAGUUAAACCUGAUGAGUUCGAUCCGUGAGAGCAUUCAACAAAAGAGAUUCCCAGCAUUCAUUCAGCAGUUCAUGAAGAGGAUGUAUGGAAGUGUAGAUAAAUACCCACACUGGGCUGUUGAGGCACUGAGUGCUGUCAAUGUGAGAUUGGACUAAAAGCUGUGAAAUCAGGAAGCCCCAACUCGCUGAGAAGGUUAGGGGCUGCCCAAAAGGUAUCCAGCGUAUGUAGCUUGUGACCUGGUGCUGCUGCAUUUGCCCAUGUCGUAUCAGUAUGUAAUAUUUUUAAGCAAUAAAUUCAGUUUUUCACAAAAAUAAAAAGCAUUUUGUUUGUCAUG